AUGGCGUCCCAAAGAAACCUGGAGGGAAUUGAUUUCGACGAAGAUCAAAUAUCGGUAAUCAGCCUGGAAGAUGAGGAGGAUCUUUUUGCAAGCAUCUCAACCACAGGCUCUCUGGGUGCCGCUGAUCCUCCUCCCGACGGCUUCAGGAAGGACCAGCUGAAGGCCAGACUUACAGAUGUCGUCACCAGGAUGAAGAGUGGGAAGAUCCGAAGGAAGGCGCUCCAAGAUCUUUCUGCCCUCCUGCAGAAGAUCCAGGAAUAUCCAUCGGUAGCGCUUCCUGCAUCCUCCCUUGGCCAACUGGUGGCCAUUUCCUGUCUGUCUGCAUUGGAUCCAGACCCGGAGUGCAGGCAGCGGGCAGCAGAGGCCCUCUGCCAUCUUCUGCCCAUCCUGCGGCGCAAAGAAGAGACGCUGGCACGAACGUCGUGGAACCAAACACUCCUCAUCCGAGCUCGGAAGGUCCUCCAAUCCACCGGAGGAGCGGUUCCUGAAUUGUUCCUGAAUAAUUGUUACUCUCUUGCCAGGGUCUUUGGUGCCUAUCUUCCUGAGGAGCAGCUCUUGGAGGCCAUGUGCUUCCUGGCCAGUGAUCUGGUUGUCGAGAGCAGCUUCAACCCCUUGGACAUCUCCCACUUGCUGCAAGAGUUCAUCAAGCAGUUUAGCGGCACAAAAGUGGAGGUGGAGGUGCUGCUGGAGGCCUUCUAUAAGAUCACCCAGGGGCCUACAGUGCAGGGCAGAAACAUGGCCGCCUUUGCUUUGUCCAUCAUGCCACCCCAACACCUGGCAAAAGUGGUUGCAUACCUCCUCCAGUUUCCCUUCAGAGACUGCGAGAGAGUAUGGAAGGAGGUUUUGGCAUCGGCCGACCAAGAACAACUGCUCCAUCUCAUGGCCGAGCAGCUUUACCAAAGCCCCUUGGCGGAAUCUGCCACCCAAGUGCAACAUCUCAGCAGCCUGUUGCACGCCAUCCUCAGAAUGGAGGUAUACAAGGCAGCUGUGCGCCGGAACUUCCCGCAGCUGCUGAUCGCUCUCCUGGGGAUGGUAGUCAACUUCCACUACGACCAGGAAUUCCUUGGGUGA